AUGCUCUCCUCUACUAGGUCAUCCGUGCCCCGCGCUCUGCGCUGCAGAUCAACGCAGUUUUCCAGACAAGGGCCGCGACAAGUCCGCCUUCAAUCCACGUCGACCUCGUCCACGUCGCAAUCUCAUCUGGCGUCGGGCAUUGCUGGCGGUGUCGUUGGCGCCGUCCUCUUCUACGGCAUCUACAGCUUCACGCCGGCCGGUCGCACCGCCAGCACCAUCAACAAAGCUGCCAUCGAGGCUAACAAGCAGUACAAGGCCGCCGCCGCCAAACUGCAGCAGGCCACGCCCGAGCCCGACCAGGCCAUCAGCUACAUCAAGGACCUCGCCUACUCGUACGUAGGCUGGGUCCCCGGCGGCCGCGGCUUCGUCGACUCGGCCUUUAAAGACGUCGAGAUUGUGCAGGAAAAGCACAAGGACGAGGUCAACAAAAUUAUCAAUGACGGCUACAAGCAGUUCCAGGAGCUGUCCAAGGCCGGCCUGAGCAUGCAGACGGCCACAAAGGCCUAUGAGACGCUCGCUGACCUGGCCAAGAAGAUUGCCGACCUUUCGGCCGACGCCCUCGGCGAUAUUGUCGACAACCACCCGCAAAUCAAGGAGAAGCUCGGUGGCAACAUUGACAAGCUCAAGUCGCUGGGCGAGCAGUACGGACCCGACGCCAAGAAGCAGGUCGACGAGACCUGGCGCCAGGUCAAGGACGUCUUCGCCGGCGGCUUCACGGCCGCCAACAUUGCCAAGGCCAAGCAGCUCAUCGACGACAAGGUCGGCCAGGUGCAGAAGCUAGGCGACGAGGCCUGGAGCAAGGGCCUCGAGGCGGCCAAGCCCCUGCUCGACAAGAGCCCCAAGGUCAAGGAGCUCAUUGAGAAGAAUGCCGACGCGCUCAAGCAGGGCAACGUCAAGGAGCUGUUUGACAAGGCCAAGGCGGCCGUCGAUGCGGGUGACCUCGGUGACCUGGAAAAGUACGUCAAGGGCGUGACCGACAAGGCCCAGUCCAAGGGAAAGGAGGUGGCGAGCGAAUGGGGCCUGGACAAGUACUUUGACCAGUUGCCUGAAGGGAGCGAGAUCUUGUCAAAGCUGCAGCAGCUUCGCAAAGUUGCUACCGAGCACAAAAAGGAUGGCGAGAAGCUGAUGAAUGACACGUUGGAUGAGCUGAAGCAGCUUCUGGAGAAAAAGGCCAAUGAGGCGCAAAAGAUUGUCGAUUCAGCCAAGAAGGAUGCUGGCCAGGACAGCAAGGAUGGCCAGGAUGGCAAGGAUGGCAAGGAUGGUAAUAAAGAUGGCAAGAAGAAAUAA